ACAGCAUGGGGCUGAGGAAGCGGCUGGGAACAGGGCACCCUGCACCAUGGACACAGCUCCUUCCUCUGCCAGGUCUCUUUGGAUAAGAGCUGUGACAGCACUUCACCCAUCUCCCCCUGGCCCUGGGGGUUUCAGUGGUGCCCUGUGAGCUCAAGCUGCCUGACGUGUUGUGGGACACAUCCCUGCAGAGCCCCACCAUCCAGCCAUGCUGCACUUCCUCUGGGACAGCAUCACCCUGCAGACAUUCCUCAUCUCUCUCUUCGUCUUCCUGCUCGUCGCAGACUACAUGAAGAACAGAAAUCCAAGGAAUUUCCCUCCCACUCCCUUCCGCCUUCCCUUUUUGGGGCACAUCUAUCUCAUGGACUUCAAAGAUCCCGCGGUCAUGGUGCGGAAGCUAAGUAAAAGAUAUGGUGACAUCUUUGGCAUACACAUGGGCAGCAUGAAGUUUGUGAUGGUAAAUGGGAUGCGGCUGGUGAGAGAAGUGCUCAUAAACCAAGGGGACAAGUUCAUGGAGCGCCCUGACUUUCCCAUUGACGAGCAGGUCUUCAGCAAGAUCGGCCUGGUCUCCUCCAGUGGGCACCUGUGGAAGGCACAGAGGAGGUUCACCCUGAGCACGCUCCGGAACUUCGGCUUGGGCAAGAGGAGCCUGGAGGAGCGCAUCCAGGAGGAGUGCCAGUUCCUGGGGGAUGUGUUUAGGGAUGAACAAGGGAAUCCUUUCAACCCUCAGCUUAAAGUGACUAAUGCUGUUGCAAAUGUCAUUUGCUCCCUCAUCUUUGGCAAUCGGUUUGACUACCAUGACGAGGAUUUCCAAAGUCUGCUGAAGCUGAUGUAUGAAAUGACUGUCCUCCACGGAUCCAUCACAAGCCAGCUCUACAACAAUUUCCCAUCUAUAAUGAAGUACUUACCUGGAGCCCACCAUACCAUUAUUAAAAACUGGAGGUUAUUGAGAAAAUUUAUGCAAGAGCAGAUCAACAAACACAAGGAGGACUGGAACCCCUCAGAGAGCCGGGACUACAUUGACAGCUACCUGCUGGAGAUCUCCAAGGACCAUGACAGUGACACCUUCCGUGAGGAACACCUCAUGGCAUGCACACUGGACCUGAUGUUUGCUGGGAUUGAGACCACGUCCUCAACCCUCCGCUGGGCUUUGCUGUUUAUGGCCAUACAUCCAGAAAUUCAAGCACGGGUGCAAGCUGAGAUUGAUGCAGUCAUUGGCCAGGCACGGCCACCAGCCCUGGAGGACAGGAACAACCUGCACUACACCAAUGCUGUCAUCCACGAAGUGCAGAGGAAAGGCAAUGUCGUCCCUUUCAAUGUGCCGAGAAUGGCAUCAGAGGACGCCUAUGUGGAUGGUUACUUCAUCCCAAAGGGCACUGGUAUAAUGGCUAACUUAUCCUCUCUGAUGUUUGACAAGAAUGAAUGGAAAACCCCUGAGCAUUUUAACCCCGAGCAUUUUCUGAAGGAUGGGAAAUUCUGGAAAAACGAGUAUUUUAUACCAUUUUCUCUGGGGAAGCGUUCCUGCCUGGGCGAGCUGCUGGCCCGUUCCGAGCUCUUCCUCUUCUUCACCUCCCUGCUCCAGAAAUUCACCUUCCAGGCACCCCCUGACACCAAGCUCAGCCUCCAGCCCAUGAUAGGCAUUGCAAUGGCCCCAAAGCCCUACAAGAUCUGUGCUGUGCCUCGGUAGGGAAGCCUUGGCCACUGUCCUCACAUGGAGAUUCUUUUGUCAGGGGUGCUGAAGAAAAGCCCUUGGCAGCUCAUGGAGAGGCUGGGUGGUUUAGUUCUUUCAAGGCAGUUGCAAAACCUUUUCUUUUACAAGUAGACCUUGCACUCUGUAUCCCAUGAUGAUGUGAUCCUGGGAUCACCCUGGGAGCUACCAGGGCAUUAUUAGGCUUGCCCGAUGGCACUGUAAAUUAAUCAGGGUCUUGGGUCUUUCCUAAUUUUAUGAUGGAUGGCCAUGGUUCACCUUGGCAAAAUGAGGGACACUAGAGUCUGCACUGUAGAAGCUGUGGCUGGGUAUAGUGGGACAGCAACAGCAGCCUUUGUUUAAUAACAUUAACAGAAAUAUUAAUCUGGCAUUUCCUUAAUAAGUACUUCUCUAAAAAACAGUCACUCUCUAACACCUGUCUCAUACAUUAAUAAAUGGUUAUCAAAGCA